GUGUGGUGACGUACAAAUCGAGGCAAUCAGAAGGUGAAAGAUGGCUGUGGGCUACAAUGCCAAGGCAGAUGAAGCUGCCGUGCCGAAAUCAUCCUCAACCAUGCACAGCAACAAUCAAUCGCAAUCACUGCAUGGUGAUCCAGCACCCAAUCAUGUGGGGAAUCAAACACCCAGGGAGCUGAACGAUCUGUACCUACUGAUCGCAACCUUACAAGUGCGACGUCUGAUGCGCCAGAUCAUCUCCAACCUGAUUACCCGUGUGAUGCUGUUUGGUGAACUGGGUAGUCCGGAACAUGCGCUGUGUCCCGACUGCGUACUGUUGAUAUUGCUGUUUCGCUAUUACAUAUAAUUCGUCGCAUCUCGUACAUCUCGCUUCGAACCGUCUCCCGCUCAUCAAAAGGUCUGUGAUAGGUUAGGGUUCUUGUUGCUUUAUCUUCCAAAACCCCACGCAUCCAGAUGAUGGAGUCAGUUGUACAAUCCGGAAAUAAAGCAAAGAAGUAACCGUGUAGGCUAAGAUCGCUAACAGUAGGUAUUAGGAUGGCAAGAACAGUCGGAUGUGAUCGUGUGCUUAUUAUAGUUAAGGAGCCCGGAAAGCCUACCGGUCGGGGACAGAACGCUGGUUUUGGAGUAAUUUUUAGGACGCAGGUGGAGCAAA